CCGCCCUCAAAGACGCACUCUCGAGUCUCGAUGAUCCAGACGGAGAGGGAAAGAGAGAAGCUAUGAGACUCCCUCGCCGGAGACCACUCCUCCUCGGAGACAUCCACCGGAGAAGAGACCGGAGAAAUCCAUUGCCAUACCUAUGCUUCUCAACCUCCAUCAAAGAAGGAGGAGGAGGAGCCUCAAAUGGCGGUGAUCUCGUCCGAGAGAUCUCCAGCCUGCUCCGCGCUCGAACCGACUGGAAGCUACUCAUGCUCUCCUCUGACCUCCAUCGAAGACUCAACCCUAACGCCAUCUCUUCCGUGAUCGAAUCCCAGAAUCAGGUACUCGAUCCCGAGCUCCUCCUUGAUUUCUUCUACUGGUCUUCUUGCCAUAUCGGACCCCCUCCGAAUAUCGAUUCUUUCUCCAAUCUCGCUGUUCUUCUUUGCAAUUCUGGCCUUUUCCCCCUCGCAAACGACCUCGUCGAGCGCAUGAUCAAGGCCCACCCGUCGCCCUCUUCGGUACUGGAUUCCAUUACUGAUUGCUUCAAACGAUGCGAGAAAUCCAACCCCGCGGUCUUUGACGUUCUCAUUAUUAAUUACAAGAAGAUGGGGCUGCUCAAAAGUGCUGCUGAAUUUGUUCUAUUGAUGAAAGGCGGCUCCUUUAAGCCCGGUUUGAGGUGCUGCAAUGGCUUGUUGAAGGACCUCUUGAAGGUCAAUCAAAUGGAUUUGUUCUGGAAGAUCAAUGAAUUUAUGGUCGAAAAACGAAUUCUUCGGGAUGUUUACACUUUUACUAUCUUGAUUGGUGCUUAUUUCAAGGCUGGGGAUGCUGCGAAGGCGAAGAAGGUCUUCCGGGAGAUGGAAUCCAUGGGUUGUGUUCCUCAUGCUGCGACAUAUAAUACAUUGAUUGACGGGUUAUGUAGGAGUGGUGCUAUUGACGAUGCUUUUGAAUUGAAGAGAGAAAUGGCGGAGAAGGGCCUGGUAGCUGAUGCUUUCACCUAUGGGGCACUCAUCAAUGGCUUAUGCAAGGACAUGAGAUCAAAAGAAGCAAAAUUGCUUCUCAGUGAGAUGCUUGGAUUAGGCCUGAAUCCUGGUGUUAUUGCUUAUUCAUCAUUGAUUGAUGGAUUUAUGAGAGAGAGUAAUGUUGAUGAAGCAUUCAAGAUUAGAGAUGAGAUGGUUGCUUCUGACAUCCGUCCGAACAUUGUGGUCUAUAACAGUCUUGUCCGGGGAGUCUGUAAGAUGGGCAAAAUAGAUAAAGCACUAGAGCUCUUGAAGGAGAUGGCCAGUGCGGGUUGGAAUCCAGACACAAUGACUUACAAUCUGGUUAUUGAAGCUCAUUUCCGAGAGCAGGAUGUGAAAGGGGUGUUUCACAUGCUUGAUGAAAUGAGGAAUCAGAAUGUGCCAUCAAAUGUGUAUACAUAUAGUGUUAUAAUCAACGGGUUCUGUCGUUGCGGUGAGAUGAUGCAGGCAGCUGAGUUUUUGGAGGAAAUGAUUGUGAAGGGUUUGCAGCCAAAUGCAGUGAUUUAUGCUACUUUAAUUUCAGGCUACUGUCGGGAAGGUAGGCUCACUGAAGCUUGUGACAUUUUAGAUAAAAUGCAUGAACAAAUGGUGGUUCCAGAUGUGUUCUGUUACAACUCACUUAUAGCUGGUCUUUGCAAGAGUGGGAAAAUGGAUGAGGCAAGGGACUAUUUGGCACAAAUGCAGGAGAUCAAGCUGUUGCCGAACUCUUUUACAUAUGGGUCACUUAUUCAUGGGCAUAGCAAGGUUGGGAAUAUGGACAAGGCUGACAUGUACUUUCAGGAAUUGCUUUCUCAUGGUCUAAAGCCGAAUGACAUCAUAUACACGACCCUUAUCGAUGGUCACUGCAAAGCAGACGAUGUUGCAAAGGCCUUCUCCACAUUUCAUUCCAUGUUGGAAAGAGGUGUGUUACCGGAUGUGCAAACAUAUAGCAUUCUCAUCCAUAGCUUGUCGAAGAGGGGAAAGAUGCAAGAUGUUUUGCAGAUCUUUUCUGAACUUAAACAAAAGGGCAUGCCCCCAGAUUCAUACACUUAUACCUCUAUUAUAUCUGGAUUUUUUAAGACAGGUGAUUCGGAGAAAGCUUUACACUUCUAUGAUGAGAUGUGUGAGCAAGGUAUUGAGCCGACUAUUGUUACCUAUAAUGCUUUAAUUGAUGGUAUUUGCAAGUCAGGUGACAUUGAGAGUGCCAGAAGGUUAAUCAGUAGCAUCUUGGAGAAAGGUUUAGUGCCAAAUGCUGCAACAUACACUAUAAUGAUUGAUGGAAACUGCAAAUCUGGAAAUAUCACCGAGGCUUUUAAGUUAUUUGAUGAGAUGUUAUCAAAAGGGAUCAAUCCAGAUAACUUUGUGUACAAUGUUCUUCUUGGUGGCUGUUGCAGGGUAGGCGACUUAAAUAGAGCCUUGGAUCUAUUAAAUGAAAUGGUGCAUGGAGGGUUUGCAACUGUGCUAUCAUUCAACACAUUGAUAGAUGGUUUCUGCAAACUGGGGAAGCUGCAAGAAGCAAAUCAAUUACUGCAAGUGAUGAAUGACAAGCACAUUAGUCCUAAUAAUGUUUCUUACACAACCUUGAUUGAUGGGCACAGCAAGGCAGGAAAUAUGGAGGAGGCAUGUCGGCUUUUUUCAGAGAUGCAGGAAAAGAAGCUUUCACCUAACACAGUCACUUAUACUUCCCUCAUUGAUGGCCACAGUAAAAAAGGCAACUUGGUGGAGGCAUUUGCUUUGUUUGAAGAGAUGCUCGCUAAGGGAGUAUUACCUGAUGAAAUUGCUUACCAGGUCAUGAUUCAUGCUCAUUGCAAAGAAGAAAACUUGGUCAAAGUUUUUCAAUUGCGGGAUGAGAUGACAGGAAAAGGCAUGCGGAUGAGCGGGGCCACGUAUCUCACAAUGGUAGAUGGCCUCUGCAGGAAGGGUGAUGUUGCAAAGGCAAUUAAGUUGCUGGAUGAUAUGGAAGUGCAAGGCAUCUCGUCCAAUGAUGCUCAAUGCAGGAUGCUAAUUGAUAGGCUUCAAAGGUCAGGAUUCAUGGAUGAAGCUUGCCAAAUUUCAGAGAUUACCACAAAGAAAGGUUGGGUGGCCAGGGAAUCUUCUUCAAACCCUUUACUUGAAGAAGCAAGCUGCCAUUGAUAGCGGUUACAUCGCUAGUAGAGAAUUACCAUUGACAUUAGUUGAAGACCUCUCACCUGAUAGUUUCUUUGCAAGGAAAUUUCUACAGGAAAACAAUGUUGAAUGCUGUUCCAUGUACUACGAAGUGCUAAGCCCCUAACUUGUUCUUGUAUGAUCUCAGCAUCACCUGGCAUGCCACAUAAUUCCCUAGACAGCCUCCCACAAUUAUACACCGAGUGUAUAAACAAAGAUUCAUGCUCAUUGUCCGAAUAGCAUCAUUGGAGAAGACUUGGCAUAAGAACCUGCUGUCAUCUUCCCAAAUAGAAGUUGCAGCUAAGAGGGAAUGCAAGUUCUAAUACCAUAUUAAGAAUGAAGAAUAUGAUAUUUUUUGACAAGAGGAACAGACAGUCCGAACGCCUUGCUAAACUGUUAGGGGCAUGCACAAGCUUCGGUAAAGCAAGUGGGGGUGGGGCUCACGUACACAUGGGCGUUGGGACCACCCACACACAACCACCGCUCACAUCUCCUAGAAUGUGCCCUCAGUCGAGAAUCGAACUCUCACUACUCGGUUAAGAGCUCUAUCGGCGACCCGUAUAUCAAUAGAUCAUUUGGUCUAAUCAUUUUUUUUAGGUGAACAAUUCCAAAUGAAUGUUUCUCUCUGGAGAAUAAGAUGCUGAAUAGCUGGGGGAGGAUCCAAUGCUGAAAGUACUACCUCAAUAAACUUGAUGUUUGAAUGACAAGUGCUUUCCAUAUUUAUGAAAUUUUAUUUAUAAUAA